AUGAGCCAAAGGCAAAGCCAUCAAGUUAUAGAAACUAUAGAAUUGACCUCUGACAUAUGGCUACAAAGGAAGAAAUCUUUAGAGUUAACACAGUCACAUCACCAAAUAAUGGAAUCUUUAGGGACAAUCCCAAAGUCACUGGGCUCUGAGAUGCAGGACUUAAAAUGUGAGGUGUUUGCCCUAGAAUCAUGUUUUCAAAAAGUGAAAUCUGUGGAGUUAAAUCCACAGUCAAAUACUGAAGUGAAAUCUGCAGAAUUAACCUCACAACCAACAUCUCCAUUUGAGGAUCCUACAGUGUUGACUCAUGAACGAGGGCAUCAGGCUGUGAAAUCUAUGGGGAUAAAAAUAAGGCCUCCUCAAGUUAUAGAAUCUGAGGAUUUGAAUUUAAGACAGGUAUAUCAGAAGGGGGAAUCUGAGGGGUUAACAUCAGGAGAAGAGUUACAAAUAAGGAAUUAUUUCUCUAGGCUUCUACACAACUCUUCAAACUCAGUCAUCUCAAGUUCUGCCAAAACAACAUCUGAAUUAGGUCUUUGGGAUUCUGAGAUGACAGAAGUAUCAAGAGCGUUGGAUAUAAAAAACCUUUGGACAGAUAUUUUGCAGCCUAAAGAGUCCUUUAUAGAUCCUGCUUCAACUUUCCCCUUUUUCUUUCAUAACCAACUCUCUGAGAAGACAACUAACACUGUAGAAACCUCCCAUUCUGAGAUCCCAUGGGUGUAUAACGUAUUUCAGGAAAGGAUUCAACCGAGGCAGGUAGCAGAGGUAGAGAACUCACUCCAGGGCCUCUCCCAACAUCCACCACAAAGCUGGAGAUCACCAUCUAAGACCUUCCAGGCAGGAUCAGGGGCUCGAAGAGGAUUAACCUGGUCUGUCCUGGGAAGACAACAGAAUGUCUGGGAGAGUCACUCCUGGAAGCAGAGACUACCUAGAAAGUACCUCUCCAAUAUGCUAAUGUUGGGGAAUGUCUUGGGAACCACUAUGGGAAGGAAGCUUUGUUCUCAAACAUCUUUAACAGAAAGGUCUACUGCUGAUACCUGUCAGUCUAUUCAGAAUUUAUUUGGGGUUCCUGCUGAAUUGAUGGAAUUUUCCCAGAGUGUGCUAGAGACAGGUCGAGGCACUAUUUUUCAGGCUUCAAUGGUCAAAAACUACAUUCAGAGACAUACUUCAUGCCAUGGUCAUGAGAAAAGAAUGGCCUUAAGGGUAUGGACACGUGGUUCUAUGUCCUCCAUAAUACAGCAAUACUCUGGCACUAGAGUGAGAAUAAAGAAAACAAACUCAAAGCUCAAUGAUAUACCCCAGGAAGUCAUUCAGCACAGUCCUGUUUCAUAUACAGAGGGUCAGCUUCCUGACCCAGUAGAGUCAGAAUCCUCCUUCAAUAUAUUUUUCACUGUGAAAGAUCCUGUUCCAGUGGAAGAGAGUGAGAACUCACAGAGAGAUUCACAGACAAGGAUUUUUGAGUCCCAGCACCCACUGGAGCCGAGUUUUCUUUCCCAGGCCCAGGAUGACCUCUCAGAACAGUUCCAAUUGCUAAAAGAUCUGCAGCUAAAAAUAGCAGCAAAACUGUUAAGGAGUCAAAUACCUCACAAUGUACCUCCACCUCUCACUUCAGGUCUGGUCCUAAAAUACCCUAUCUGCCUACAGUGUGGCCGAUGUUCAGGAUUUAAUUGUCAUAAAUUACAGACUACUUUUGGACCUUAUCUUCUUAUCUAUCCACAGCUCCACCUUGUAAGCACUCCUGAAGGCCAUGGAGAGAUUAGAUUGCGUCUUGGCUUUAGGUUACGAAUUGGGAAAAGAUCCCAAGUUCCAAAGUAUUAUAGAAGAGACAGACCCUUGACACCUAGGAGCCCUAGAUCAGCAGCUAAAAUCUGUAAUCAAGCUUCCAAGAGUCCUGCUUCUACCAUAGAUUUCCUGUCUCAGUCUUCCCAGUCUCCUGCUUCUGUACAAGUCCACAUUAGCCCUGACUUAGAAGGACAGACAGAUAUUAGAGAGCCUGGGCACUAUGAAUUCACUGAAGUUCACUCGUUAUCAGAGAGUGACUCUGAAAGCAAUCAGGAUGAAGAGUGGACUAAAGUGAGAAGCAAAAAUAUCCAUGAUUCAAAAAAUCCAAUGGAAAGAAUCAACAAGAGAUUUAGAACACAAAACAAAAAGUCCUACACAAACAGUAGAACCAUAAUGCAGAGUCUCUCUAGGAAAUUACCAUCCCAGUUGAAAGGGAAAAGGAAUGGAGCAUCUCAGGCAGCUACUGCCUCUUUAAAAAGGCACCCCAAGAAAUUCUCCCAACCCAAAUUCAUUAAACUGCUUUUUCAGGGACUAAGAAAGGCAUUCCAAACCGCACGAAGAAUUAUGGCAUUUGUUGGGCCAAAGCCUGAGGACAGGACAAGGGCGGACCAUUUGUGGUCGAGCGAAAACUGCCAACCAGAACAAAAAGCCUCUGACGAUAGUUCACAAGGAGAUAGCGAAAGAGACAGGAUGCCAGUUGUCAAGCUAAAGCCAACAGACCCAACUACUGAACAGGAGAGCAUGCCCUGGGAAGAAUUAGAACAGUUCUGCUCAGCACAACCACCAAAAACAGAUAGCUCUUUCCAAUCCACCCCUUCCCCACUGCCCAGGUGCGGAGUUUCCCAAAGAAGUAUCACCACAAUCAGACACCCUUUGGGUACAGUUCAGAAUGAGAGUGGCAGCAGGGCUAAGGAAAACUGGUAUAGAAAAGAAAUCUCUAGCCCAGAGUCCCAGGACUCCAAAAGAGGAAUCCGAGUUCAGGCCCAAGGGAGACUCCUACAUGGAACCCCUAAGAAGAGAACCUCCUACAGUCACUUUAAAGAGAUACUCAUGCCUAGGAAACCAAACCACCACAGCUUCCAUAGGGAAAGAGCCCCAUGUAAUUUCUCUGACAGGAGCCAUAGCAGUCCCUCUCCGAGGAGACAUCGCAAUCCCUCUGGGAGAAGCCAUCGCAGUCCCUCUGGGAGGAGACAUCGCAGUCUGUCUCGGAGGAGCCAUCUCAGUCCACCUCGGAGGAGCCAUCACAGUCCACCUCGGAGGAGACAUCACAGUCCCUCUCGGAGGAGCCAUCCCAGUCCCUCUGGGAGGAGACAUCACAGUCCCUCUGGGAGGAGCCAUCUCAGUCCACCUCGGAGGAGCCAUCACAGUCCCUCUGGGAGGAGCCAUCGCAGUCCCUCUGGGAGGAGACAUCUCAGUCCACCUCGGAGGAGCCAUCCCAGUCCCUCUGGGAAGAGACAUCGCAGUCCCUCUGGGAGGAGACAUCACAGUCCACCUCGGAGGAGCCAUCAAAGUUCUUUUCAGAUGAGCCAUCCGAGCUCCUUUGAGCGGAAAUGCCGCAGUCCCUCCGAGCGGAGAUGCCGCAGACUCUCUGCGAGGAGAAACCACAGCCCCUUUGAGAGGAGAGGACAUAGUCAUGCCGAGAGGGGCAGACACAGUCCAUCUGAGAAAACCCAGGGGAGGCCCUCGGAGAGAACUCACAGUCGCCCCAAGGAGAGACUCAGACACAGCUCACGUUGGGAGAGGCCCAGACAUACUUUUUCUAAAGAUUUCAUGAGAGACUCAAAUAUCUUCUAGGGAUCACACACAAAAAAGCCCCCCCAAGCAGGGCAAGUUUGGAGCCCUGAAGGAAGCAGAUGAGAUGUCCGCCCCCAUUAUUCAUUUAUUCCCUCAAGUCUUCACCAAGCUCGCCUUUCCGGGCUUCUUUCCUGCUCAGCCAACUGACCCCAAUCCUUGCAUCCUCAGCAAUGAACGAGCCUAUGCCUCUCUACCUGGGGGCUGGGACGGCGGGAAUGGGUCUGCAAUU